AUGGAUAUGUCGCACGGUGGAAUGGAUGGGAUGUCAAUGCCACCAAAAUCAUCAUCAACCAAUGAUACUACAAUGAUGACGGGUCAUAAGAUGCACGGCAUGAUGAUGCAUAUGACAUUCUUUUGGGGUAAGGAUGCAUUGAUUCUCUUCAAUGGUUGGCCUGCCGGUAACACCGCUAAUUAUCUGUUGGCAUUGUUCAUGGUUUUCGCCAUGUCUGUAUUCAUCGAGUUACUCUCCCACACCCAGUUCAUCAAACCAGAUUCCAAUCCUACGGUGGCCGGUCUAGUUCAGACGCUUUUGCAUGUUCUUAGGGUUGGAUUAGCUUAUUUGGUUAUGCUGGCACUUAUGUCUUUCAAUGGUGGUGUGUUCUUGGUUGCUUUGCUUGGUCAUGCUCUUGGAUUUUUCUUUUGUAGCCGUGCUUUCAAAAAACCACUUCAUGAUAAGCCUUAUGAUCUUCCUCCUAUGACUUGUUAA